GUCCCCACGCGUGCGCACCCCCGAGGGGCAGCUGGCAGCGGGGCCUGCACCGGGAGGAGAUGGAGAGAGGCGGCACGUCUCCAUGCAGCUGCUUUAUCCGCCGGGUCGCUUUGGUUUUCUUUCAUUAGGUUUAUCUGGGGGCUCCUUUCCUGGAAGCACGAAGCCAUGACGUCCCUCGCGGAGCAGCUGAAGCGGCUGGCGCUUCCCCAGAACGACCCCAGCCUCCUCAACCGCAGCGAGGUAGCAUCGCUGCUGUUCAGCUGCAAGGAAGCUGCUAGCAUUGACAGGGAUACCUUCUUUGCGAUCGGAUGCACUGGUUUAGAAGAGCUGAUGGGGAUUGAUCCUUCAUUUGAAGUGUUCCAGUCCAGUUUGUUUAGUUCCACAUCCAGAGGUCUGGAACGCAGUGUUCAGUCUAAAGCAGUAAAUCAGCAGCUGAAUAAGAAUAUUUCAUUGUUUCUGAUUCACCUGUCCCCUUACUUUAUGCUUAAGCCAGCCCAGAAGUGCCUUGAAUGGCUGAUUCACAGAUUUCACAUCCAUCUCUACAAUCAAGAUAGUUUGAUUGGUUGUGUUCUGCCAUAUCAUGAGACUAAACUAUUUGUGAGAGUUAUUCAGCUUUUAAAUAUAAAAAGCCCAACUCAUAAAUGGCACUGGAUGGAUCCAAUAAGGAAAGCUGGAGUCCCACUGGCGAGGGGUACUGUCAUUACACACUGCUACAAAGACCUGGAUUUCAUGGACUUCAUCUGCAGGCUGGUGGCAAAAUCUGUGAAGGUCUUUUCAGAGUGUCCUGGCAACUCGGCUCAGUUGAGAGUUCUUCUUGUGUUUUAUGCCUCCACCAUUGUAUCAGCUCUUGCAGCCGCAGAGAAGAUAACAGACACUAUAGUCUCAAUGCUGCUCCCUUACAUCCAAAAGGGCUUGAAAUUCUCUAUACAGGAUUACAGAGCUGCAACAUACAUGAUAGUCUGCCAGAUGACAGUAAAAGUGACAGUGGAGACUUCCUUGGUGCAUUCCUUGAUGUUACAGAUAAGCAAGACAUUAUCUAAAGUGCCCUCAUUAGUCAGGGAUGGGGUGGCAUGCUUGAACCUACUUCUACAAACUCAGAAAGGAGACAAACUUGGGAAAAAGCCUUUUAAUUAUCUGUGCAAAACCCCGGAACUGGUAACACUUUUGCAAGGCCUUUCAGCAGGCUAUGAUAUCUCUCCUCUUCUGCGUUACCUGUUGCCUCACCUUAUUUGCACUGUCAUGAAAAAUGUUACAGAGGAACAGAAAGAAUCUGAGGGGACAGAGAAUCAGAUUUACAUCAGACAUCUUGAAGCUAUUCUUCAGACUGUACCACUGGAAAAGGAUUUAGAUCACCUGUUGGCUUCCAAGUUUCUUGAAGAGUUUAUCUCCUAUGGUACAGAGAUUGAAUCUAAUCCCACCAAAAUGGCCGCACUCAAGCAAAAGAUGCUUCCUCUUAUCAGACUUCUUGAGAGAAAGUAUCCUAAAGCCUUAGACUCUGUGUUGGAGAAGCAUCUGGAAAAUUACACAGAUGAGGCUGAUCAAAAUCUUUUUCAGCAAUUUAUUUCUCUUUCGUUAAGCUGUGGCAAAUACAAGUUUCUGGAAGACUCUGAUACCUCUCUUCUACUGAGUUUGAAUCAUCCUCAGCCAGCUGUGCGGGUCCUGGCUCUUCAGCAUUUGAAAGAUGUUAUUGAAACAUCAAAGGAAGGCUUUGAUCAGUCUUUUAUAGAAGAAGCAAUUUUUGGUCGGCUCAAGGAUGACAACAGAGAUGUUGUAAUGUCUGCUCUCAGUUCUUUGGAGAUUUUCAGGAAGCAAGUGAAUCCAGAAGUAGUAGUAUCAAGUCUUUUGAACAUCUUCCAGAGAGCUGAUCUUUCAAAGGAUGGAAAGUGGUACAAGGUUCUGGAGCGAGCAAUAAAAAUUUUAGUCAAAGAGGAGGUUUUGAAAGAGAAAAAAGAACUACUAGAUGAAGCAGUAAUGCAGUUGUUGCCUUUUAUGGUAAUCACUAAUGCGAAUUCAAAAUCUUCAGAUUGGAAAAUGGCUGUUUGUCUGUCAGAAUCUGAUCUCUGCUCCUUACACCCUUUACUGAAAGGUUGGCCAGAAGCUCUCGAAGAGGCAAUUAAAUCUAGCAGUUUUGCUGAGUUAAUUGGAGUGGCCAACAAGAAAAUGAUUCUGCUGUUUUCUAAAAACAUGACUUCAGGGGACCCUUCCUUACUAUUGCAAAUGGUUGAUGAUCUGAUACUCGUUGCUGAAAUGGAAUCUGACAACAUGAGACAGAAAGUAACUACUCAUAUAAUUGGUUCAGUGCUUGUUCAGUGCUGCUGCAAUACACAGAUGAAGGAAAAUUAUUUUUCAGUGGCUAUCAGAGUCUUCCAUUUCUUGGAUGAAAAAAUAAAAAAUCUCAGAGCUUGUGAUCCUGCAGAGGAAACUCCCCUAAAUUGGUCUGUUGAAACAAUAGAGGAAACUUUGGUGCCUAAGGACUUGUUAACUGCAUAUAUAGAAAAGCUCAACAGUGAUCAGACUGCUCAUGCAGAGGAGUCAGCUAUGUUCCUGUUCUUAUUGAAAAACUUCAUUAAUGGCCUAAAACCUCCUCUGUCCUUUUCGAAAGAGGAAACUUGGUGGAAUCCUGAAUCUCUGAAUCAAGAUAGCCAAGACUACCUGCACCUCCUGUUGGGGCUAUUUGACCUACUUGUCUAUGGAGCUAGUGAGGGAAGCAGUGCUGUUCAGUACAGAGCAUUGAUGAACCUCUUACUCAAGGUGCAUCUUAAAGAUUCAGAGGUUCUCUUCAAAUUCCUUUCAAUUUUAUGGACUUACAGUUAUAACCUUUCAAAUCAUCUGAACUAUGAAGUCAGUGCAAUGCUACAGACUAAAGCUCUAUAUAUUGGCUAUGCAUUGCUUGAAUCACAGACAUACCAAAAAAAGAAACAGCUGUUAUCACCAUCAUCUCCAGUGGUGAUAUCUUUGCUAAUUAACUUGGGUAGUCCUGUGAGUGAAGUUCGAAGGGCUGCUCUUAACUGCCUCCAUUCCUUGAGAGGGAUAAAAGAUUCUCUAUUUCAUCCUGUUCUUCAGCAUUUGGAGCAAAAGACAGAAGAGAUCGUAUCUGACCCUGCAUACAUAACACAGAUUAUGGAAGCUCUAUUUGAGGACCUUGAGACAGAACCAAAACAGAAAUCCCAGAAGAAAAAAUUGUUGGAAGCUUUGGAAAGCAUACUUGAUUGUGUACAGAGCCCUAUUUUCCCAUCAUAUGUUGCAAGAAACUUAAUGAAAAUUCUUCAUGAAGUCCAUGGUGAGAUGAUUCUUUCUCACCUUUUGCCUGCAUUAGACCAGUUGCUAGAGAAGGUUUUUAAGGAACCUGAGGCAAUGUUGAAAGAUGAAGUUGUUCUCCUGCAUCUCAUCCUUGGAAAGUUUAAUGAAUAUUCAGCAACCCUCUUGUGCAAGAAUCAACAGAGUCUGGAUUUAUUUAUCAAAAGUCUGCAUGCUGCCAAGAAAAUCUAUGAAAAAAUUCAACCAUUUCAGAUCACAGCACUUGGGCAGAUUACUAAACCAUUCUUUGCAGCUGUGUCAGAUGGGAUGGUGCAACAGAAGCUAUUAAAAGUAUUGUUUGACUUACUGUUAAACUGUAAGAACCCGCUUUGUGCCCAGACUAUUAGCAGUGUGUUUAAAGGGAUUACUGUGUGUGCUGAGCAGAUUGUCAGAGAACUGGAGCCUCCUGAGAAAACCAAAAGUCUGGCCACUGUUCAGCAAACUAGAAGGCAGAAAAUGCAGCAACAGAGAAAGCCUCAAGAUGCAGAAUUGGCACCAGAAGCAAGCCAGUUCAACUGGCAGAGGGUUAUGCUUAUUCUGGAAUUACUGCAGCAUAAGAAAAAACUCAGACGUCCGCAGGCAUUGGUACCUGCACUUUUUAACCUGCUGAGCCGGUGUCUGGAACCUACGGCAUCAGAAGAAGAAAAUAUGGAAUAUACAAAACAGCUAAUCCUCAGCUGCCUGCUAAGCAUCUGUCAGAAAUUGUCUUCAGAUAGUAGUAAGGUCCCAGCAGAUACCCUUGACAAAGAAAAGUUCAAUGUGGAAGUGAUAGUUCAGUGCAUCAGGAUUUCUAAAAUGCCCCAGACACACCACCAUGCACUGCUGCUCCUUGGUGCUGUUGCUGGCAUGUUUCCCGAUAAAGUUCUCCAUAACAUUAUGCCCAUUUUUACAUUCAUGGGAGCAAAUGUCUUGCGUCUGGAUGAUACUUACACGUUCCAAGUGAUUAAUAAGACAGUGCAGAUGGUUAUUCCUGCUCUUAUACAGGCUGAAGACAGUGAUUUAUCGGAGUCCUCCGGAAGUGUGGAAGAGGUGGUGAUAAAGAUCAUUCGCGUGUUUGUGGAUGCCUUGCCCCAUGUGCCGGAGCACCGCCGCCUGCCAAUCCUGGCCCAGCUGAUCACUACGCUUGGAGGAGACAAGUUCCUCUGGGUUCUCCUGGUGCUGCUGUUCGAGCAGUAUGUGACCAAAACUGUGGCUGCAACACCAAGCACAGACAAGGAUGCUGUUCUGGAAGCAGACACUGAAUUUUGGAUUUCCAUCUGUUGCGAAUUUAAUGUUCGUUCUCAGUUCCAGAGCAUGAUGAAAAUAAUCCAGUACUUGACAGAGCUGCCAGAGAACAAAGAAGAUGAUCCCAGGCCAAAAAAGUCGAGAACAUGCAAGACAAAGCUAAAAAAUCAGGAUGGACAGCUCUUUAAUGUGGAGUCUCACUCAGACAAACAACUUCGGCAUUUCAAAUUCUUGUCAGUCUCCUUCAUGUCACAACUUCUUUCCUCUCAGAGUUUUGUGAAAAAGAUAGUUGAAUGUGAAGAAACAGAAGAACUGCAGAAGUUGGAACAGAGGCUAUUAGAAGACGUUCUUUGCUAUAUAAACACUGUGGCAUCUUCAGUGGAAGGAAACGUGGACAAGCCAACAGCCAAAUUUUGGAGAGUUCUGCUUAACAAGUCCUAUGAUAUGCUGGAUAAAGUCAAUGCCUUAUUGCCAACAGAAACCUUCAUCCCUGUAAUGAGGGGACUAAUGACGAAUCAGCUCCCAUCUGUGAGACGUAAGGCAAUGGACCUUUUGAACAAUAAGGUGCAGCAGCGCACAAAGUGGCCAAAGAGCCAGAUCCUGCAGCUCUUAGAGCUAGUUCCUGAGCUUACUGCUAUAGUGCAGUGUAAAAGAAAGGAGGAAGAGGACGAGCAAGCCAUCAACAGGCAGACUGCUUUGUUCAGCCUCAAGCUGCUCUGCAAAGGUUUUGGCAGAGAAAAUCCACUGCCAUUUGUACCUGUUUUGAAAACUGCCAUUGAUCUGAUUUCUUCAGAGAAGGAGGAAAAGAACGUGAUGGGAAGUGCUUUGCUCUGUAUAGCUGAGGUCACCUGUAUACUGAAAGCCCAAGCAAUACCUCAGCUUCCAAGGCUGAUGCCGGCACUGUUGAAGACUUUAAAAAAUAAGAAAGAGCUGGUCUCCAAUGAGAUUUACUUGCUGAGUGCCAUCACUGCUCUGCUGAAGGUUGCAGAAACGUUACCACACUUCCUCAGUCCUUAUCUUUUGGAUUGCUUGCUGCAGGUUGUCCACUUGGAAAAGACUGUGGUUGAGUUUGGUCCUUCUUCCCAGAUAAGCUUACGUGUAACAUCAUUGAAAACUAUCCUAGCUACAAGGCUUGUUCCCCGAAUACUCUUGCCUGCAGUUACAAAGUGUUACAGUGAAGUGGCAAAUACCUGGAAGAACUGCAUGAGUCCGCUUAUGAACAUUCUGAAGGAGCACAUUGUUGGUAUGGAGAAGGAGCACCUGAUCUCCCAUCAGUCUGAGCUGACGGCAUUUUUCAUUAAAGCCCUGGACUUCCGAACAGAGCAUGCCCAGGAUGAUUUGGAGGAAGUUGGUAAGACAGAAGCUUACAUUAUUGACUGUCUAAUAAGUAUGGUUAUGAAACUUUCUGAGGCUUCUUUCCGACCCCUUUUCUUCAAGCUCUUUGACUGGUCCAAAACAGAGUCUACCCUAAAAGACAGACUGCUGACGUUCCACCGAAUAGCAGAUUGCAUUGCAGGCAAGCUCAAGGGUCUCUUCACCCUGUUUGCUGGUCAUUUAGUGAAGUCAUUUGCUGAGACGCUGAACCAGGUCAACAGCUCUAAAACUGAUGAAGCUUUCUUUGACUCCGAGAAUAGCACAGAAAAGAGCUGUCUACUGUUGCAGUUCACCAUGGACUGCCUGCACAAGCUCUUCCUGUUUGACACCCAGAAGUUCCUGAGUAAGGAAAGAGCAGAAACCUUAAUGAUGCCUCUGGUCGAUCAGCUAGAAAAUAUGCUUGGAGGAGAUGAGAAGUUCCAGGAAAGAAGGCACACCUCUCCUAAGGUCCGAUUUGCUGCUCUGCUUGCUUUGGUAGAAGUUGCACAAAAACUGAAGGAGAACUACUUGGUCCUGCUACCAGAAUCUAUUCCAUUCUUAGCAGAGCUCAUGGAAGAUGAAUGUGAAGAAGUUGAACAGCAGUGUCAGAAGACAAUUCAACAACUGGAAGUCAUUUUGGGAGAGCCACUCCAAAGCUACUUCUAAGUUUAUCCCCUUUGUUUCCAAAAUUUUGUCUGAAUCAUGUUAGCUUCACACAUGCAAGUGUUGUGGCCAAACUGUCAUACUAAUUUUUAUCAGAGCUAACAUCUUAACUUUUUAAUAAAAUAUUGUAAGAAUCUGGCUUUAUCAUUUCUGGAUGGUCUGGGGACUUUUCGUAUGACUUUUCCUUAACUGCUCUUUUCUUAACAGUGGGAAACUGGAGCAAGCUAUAGGCAAAUUUGGAUUGCUAGGCACAGAGUGACAUGUGAGACUCACCAAGUUCCACUGUGCUUGGGGUGUGCAGUGACUGUCCCUGUGGAUGGACUGUCAUGCUACAGUGUAAGGGUGGUACUCACUGCACCCAUGCACUAAAAUCCUGAGAAUCUGCUUUUCUGUCAUUUUCAGGGAAGUAAAAGGUAAACCCACUGAAGAUACUGAAAAGCUCAUUUUCAGUCUUAAAAGACUGCUGCUGAUUAGCUUCUUAUUCACCUGAAGAGCAAGAAUAAAUUGCUUACUACAUUAAUAUUUUACUAAAAACUCACCACCUCUUUCGCACGAGGAGGUGCUGGUUCAUUAUACUGCUAGUAAGAUGACAGGCACUCGGACCCUGUCAAGUAUGGUUUAAAAUGCAACUGGUUAGAACCAACACUAUUAUAAAGAGGACAAUCUUACAACCCAUUGGGUGCUGGGAAUGGGCUUCUGUUUAGGGUACAGCACGCCAUGCAGAUCCCCUCUGUGGAAAGGUUACCCCAUCUCAGUCAUUCGUGCUCUUACAGGAUUUUUUUUAAAAGAAAGCAACUAUUAAUCAUGACUACUGUCAAACAAAAAGGACAGUCACAUGAAAAAAAAAA